GUUAAAGCUGGUUCAAGACUUUUACUUUCGUCAUGGUUGAUUAUUAUUGCGGCAGGUGCUACAUUGGUGACAUCAUAUCUAGUUGCAACUGAGAUUUUUUCACCAUCAGGCGAAACAUCUACAUUUAACAGAGUAGUCAACAUGAUUGAAAAGGAUGAAAACUGCUUGAGAUUGCUUGGUUAUUCGGAUUCUGAGAUUGAGCAAGGUGGUAUCAGAUUAAAGGCUUAUGGUGGCAUGUCGCCUGAUCUUUGGACCAGAAACAUUCCUGUGCAAGCUACUAAAUUUUCAGGGAAAGACCAAAAGGAGCAUAUGAUCAUGAGAUUUUUUGUUGAGAGUAACAGAACGGUUGGAGUUGUCAAUUUGGAAGCCAUCGAAGAAAAUUUUAUCAAUCAGGAACUUGUAUAUGUUACGAUAGAUGUGAAAGGACAUAACAGACAUUAUCUGAUCGGUGGACCUCAUUUGUCCUAUGCCCAAAAAAAUUUGAAUCCUUUCAGUUCGCAGGGAUUUUUAGGCGUCAAAUGGGGCUCAAAGAAAGAC